AUGAGUUUUGCCCUCGGACAAAAGAGAUGUGUUGGUUCCUUAGAGAACGCAGAAGUUCGUUCAGCCAGAAGGCAUAAUCCCGCCCCUGACGGCAAAGUGCUCAACCAUAUCAUCAACUCGCCGACGCUCAACCUUGGGGCCCCGCAGUCUUCUGACAUGCAUUUGGCCUUGGGGGUCUCCUUGCAAGAAGCAGACGCAGACGCAGACCAACCCGACUAUACGCUCUGCCCCGCCGAUCUCGACUUGGAAACACAGAACAUGCAGUCUUACGACAUGGUUUGGGGCCCUUUGGGCUCGGCAGGCAGCAGUGAUCAACAAGCAGAGCCAGAUCUAUUCGAUUUUGGGCUCUGCCCCGCCGAUCUCGACUUGGAAACACAGAACAUGCAGUCUUACGACAUGGCUUGGGGCUCCGGGGGCUAA